AGUAUCUGGGGUGGGUAUCCACAGGGCUAAGGUUACCACGGUAUGUUAAGGGCUGCCGGGGCAGGACUAUAUAACCCCAGAAGAACUGCUCCAAGCAGAUUCUCUUCCUUUUUCCAUCUGGAGCUACUGCCUUGCCCCCAGGAGAUCUAAGACAUGGCACCCAAGAAGGCCAAGAGAAGGGCAGGAGCGGAAGGGAGUUCCAAUGUCUUCUCCAUGUUUGACCAGACUCAGAUCCAGGAGUUCAAGGAGGCGUUCACUGUAAUUGAUCAGAACAGGGAUGGCAUUAUCGACAAGGAGGAUCUUCGGGACACCUUUGCAGCCAUGGGCCGUCUCAAUGUGAAGAAUGAGGAACUUGACGCUAUGAUGAAGGAAGCCAGUGGGCCCAUCAACUUCACUGUCUUCCUGACCAUGUUUGGGGAAAAGCUUAAGGGUGCGGACCCCGAGGAUGUGAUCACUGGAGCCUUCAAGGUCCUGGACCCAGAAGGGAAGGGCACCAUCAAAAAGCAGUUCUUGGAGGAGCUGCUUACCACGCAGUGCGACCGAUUUUCCCAGGAGGAGAUCAAGAACAUGUGGGCAGCCUUCCCCCCAGAUGUGGGCGGCAACGUGGACUACAAGAACAUCUGCUAUGUCAUCACACACGGUGACGCUAAGGACCAGGAAUAGGGGACCCAAGGUCUCAGAAGACCUAGAUAGGCUUGUAGCCGCUCCAACUCUCACCCUGACCCCCAAUAAAACUCAACUGGUCUUUGUUUCUUA